GAAUCUUCCGGUCGCGGGCAAUGGCCGUGUGCCAGCUGCUUAACAAAAAACACGGACUCACGAAGAUCUAACAAGAUGGCCCGCUCGUCGGUGGUGCGCGGUUCCGCCGCGGCCCGCUUGCUUGUUGGUGUUAUCCCGCAUGAACACGUCCACAACUGCCCAUGUUUGUGAUUCAAAUCUGCAAGCCUAAGAGUAAGAUGUGUAUGUUUGUGCUUCUCAGGCACGGCUCCAUGAGGAUCAUUUUCUAAAAAUACUAGCAGUUGCACAGGACGAGGAGUCCUUCUUGCUAGACGCAAGUUGCGCCGGCCCAUCUCAAUUUAUUGUGACGUGGCUUCGCUAGCUACCGACGAUCGUCAUUAUGCGAGCCCAAAGUUGUAGUCGCGCAGUCUGGUAUUUCUACUGCCGGCCCAAACGUGUCAUGUGCAGCAUCAGGAAUCAAAGCUUGUUAUUUGUUGAUUUGCGUUGCGAAGGCCCCAUCUUCAGGACUCUUCUGAGGCGGGGACGUGUUUAGACAGGAUAGGCGUCCUAGGAGCAAGCACGCCUUUAAUACGGACUGUAUAUGGUAUCGGGGAAAAUCAACCGUGGCCAAUCGGAGGUAUCCUGGACUACAAGUGCAAGGAAUGCCACUGCCCCGAUCCUUCCCUGGCGGACCAGAUUCUGACGGAUUUGGAAAGUUCCUGCAACAUCCCUAAGUCGAUGGGGCUCGGCACCGUCGACGAUGUUAGCGCAGGGGUUACCGAGUCGCUGAUCUACCACUCGAAGUGGACGCAGACAUCGCAGGUGCACCCGGAUUUAAUGGAUCACCUGUGCAUCUCGCCCAUUUGCCGAUGGCGCAUCGAGAUGGCGUACGACGCAUUCGCUGAGUGCGAUACGCUUGAUUUGCCGGAAAAGGCAAAGACCACAUCCUGGAGGCAUUACAGCGAGCUGUCGCUUACUGUGGUCAAGCACUUUGUCAUGGUGCUUAAGUCCUCGAAGGAAGCUUGCAAGUCGACCACCAGCCCCAAGAAUAUCCACACAGGGUACUAUUAUUUGGGACCAGUUAAUAUGUCCGCAGCGUAAUUUGAUAAUUGAUAAAAUAUACUUGCAAAACAAAAUCCGCUUUUCUUCUGGUAUUUUGAUAUCUUCCACUUCCUCUGUGUGCGACGUUUGCGCUCGUUCCAUGGUGGUUAGGAGCGCAAAGCGUCAAGAAGCGGAUGGCGAACGUGAGUGCGCUAUCUGUGAGUGAGCAAAUAAACUCGUGCGCUCAGACAGUAUGACAUUUUCAUUCGAUGUCAUCGGAAAACUACUUAAGUAGAUAGAUUUAGGAUCUUCAACAGCCAUUACUGUCGAUGGACAAACAGGGCCCUAAUCCACCAGAAGCUGCAGAUAACGGGCAUAGACGUGCGUAGUGACACAACGAUGCGGGAGGGUGAGCUCGCUUUCCGAAUGGCCCUCGCUUCCCUUCUGGAUGUACCGAUGCGCCGUCUGGAUGUGCGGCUGGAGAUGCAGCCCGAAUUAUGCAAACCCGAUGCUGAAGACAACGCCCGGGGUACCUCGUGUAAAAACGUCCUCUCGCGCGACCCAUAAUAACUCAAAGACGCAUCUUUGGCACACACUUGGCCGCUUCGCACUCCAACUCUGGUUCUUCAAUGUAGGCUUCGUCAAUGUAGUUACAUCUGUGCUAUCAUCUUUUGCAUUCACAAUCACAGCAUCGAACACAUCGAUCACCCUGUAGUGUUGAUUUUCAAAGCAUGUUGACAAGCUUUCAGAGUCCACUGACAUCCAAAAUUCUUUUCAUGAUCAUGAGGCGGCGCAAACGCACGAGUAAGUAAAGCUCUGUUCGGCACGCCGAUUCGCUUGGUAAGUAUAAUUGGGAGAAAGGGAUGCUUUUACACAGGAUGUGGAACCCCCAAGUCACCAAGCCGCACGCUUUUCGUAAUCCAGUUUGUGAGCAUUCUCAAUGCGGUUACGGUCAAUGCGUGAGCAACGAGGAUGGCGACGGUUACACAUGCCUCUGCAACGAGUGCUACAAGCUCGGCACUGUGAAUGGGUAUAAAUCGACGUGUGGUUGUACUUGUAGAAGCCAUUUUGCGACUUUUGUAUAUGUUCUUAGCACGUGCCUUCAUUUCGUGUUUUCCAUUCGAUGAAGUGCGAUUUUUCAUCCAGUAGUGAAUUGGGGGCCACUUCUACUUCUGAAGGUAUCAAACUUGUGUUCCCGACGAGAUUUGCUUUUUCAAAAAUCCCUGCGACACGUACCCGUCGCCCUGCAAAUGUGGAUCGCAGUGCGAGCCGUGCCCGGAGUGCACUGGACAAAAGUUUCAGUGCAAGUGCGGACCGACGUUUUCGGGACCUACCUGCGAGACGCUUGUCUGUCCGAAGGGCUUCUCCGAAGUUAUGCCCUGCCUGGCUGGACUAAUCUUCACUGGAAAAGUUGUAGAAAUAAAACCCAGACGAGGCAGAGCAUGAUCAACAUGCUAAAGCUGCGCCUCGCACUAUAUCGGGCAAAAGCAGAAGUAGGUGACUCCGCUUGUCCUACUAUCGUUACAUCUACAUGAUACAUCAAUAUAGUACAACCGUGAGUUGCAAUGCGGUGCGGAGUCAGAGUUUAUUUCCCACCCUGGCAUGAACAUGAUAGCGAGUAGUGGAGGAGAGGGGGGGGCGCUGUUCCGCGUUUUAUUGCUUCACCAAUUUAUUUUCCAGUUGAGAUUGUAACAUCAGCUGAGCCAGGUAUAGAAGCAGGAGCUGCUGGUGGACAGUGCGGAUCUUGUCAACCAAUGGACGGUAUUUUUAGUGCGCCGAUUUGAUAUUAAACGACGUCUUCUGUUGAUGUAGACGUAGUCGCAAAAUGUUCUAAUACCGAAGUCAGACCUGCUCGACGAAUCUGUUCCUGAGUUAAUGUUGCUUUCGCCUCCCCAUCAAUUCCAAAAAUUCAAAAAUACACACAGCAACAAACCCGUGUGAUCCCAACCCAUGCAAGCACGAUGGCGUGUGUAAAGUGGAAGGGGAAGAGAAGACUUAUGUGUGUCAGUGCCCUGCUGAUUACACGGGUCCAAAUUGCGAAACCCUUGUCUCUAUCAACUGCAAUAUGUCUGGGUCCUCUGGAUGAUUCGACUGCAGCAGGAAAAGGAAUUUGUUAUGCAUCUUCGUGGAUCUCGCAGAUCUUCCAGAUGUUCUGGAAUGAACGCAAAAGCAUUACAGGUCUUGCGCAGGUCAGGCGAUGCCUGUCUUGCGCAGGUCUUACGCCAAAAAUGGCCAAGCAUUGGUGCUCUUGCAAAACAAUUUUUUUUCGUAUUCGAGAGGCUGCGUGACAAGUGCCAAUCUUUCGAGACCCAGACACAGUUGCAACGUAUAGUCUGCCCCGACGGCUUCUUUGAAGAGGCUGGGAAAUGCGUCAGCGUCCAGACCGGCGCUAUGAGAGUGCACACCCCCGCCCUCGCCCCCUCAUUGGCCGUGGAAAAUACCAAGUCCGUGCUUUGCCUCUCGGCACUGUUUGCGUGACAAGUUCUGCCAGCCCAAAUGGCACUUACAAUCCUGUGCAGACUUGUGAUGCAAAACCUUCAAUAUUCCUGCUGACGUGUGUAUUCGUGUUUGUUCAAGUCAAAUGCGGGGGAGGGUGGAGGCUGUGCACCUUCAUAGGCGCGGCCAGCACUGCAGAAACUGCCGCCGAUCCCUGCGCGAAGAUGCCGUGUAAGAACGGAGGCGAAUGCAUUCCCGACGGGGAGUACUACUCCUGUGCCUGUCCGUAUGCAGAGAAAGAAGGGAGCGCUACACCACUUACACACGACACGCACACACACACUAUGUUCAUGCAGGACACACAAUACAGAGAGGUUGUAAUGCGGAAAAUGCUGUGAGCCUGGUCUUAUACGUGUUUUUCUUUGUGAUCUUCGUCAUGUAGAUUCUUCUUCUCGUUCUCAUGCAGAUCACAUAAUGUAUCUUCUGCGUUGCCAAACCCAAAUCUGCAAAGCUGUGUAAGAACUGCAGCACCACCACUUCUUUCCUGGGAUAGUCCGCCACUGUAUUCGGGCACGGACUGUGAAUAUAAAGGUGUUUUUUUAUGAAUUAAAGUAUGUGCUGCACGAGUUGUGCUUGUUGUAUGUUCGGAUGUAUCAUGGAACUAGAGCUCCUGCAUGUGAUGAUGAUGAUGAUGAUGCUUCAUCGUGAAAAUAGAGUUUCAAUUGGAAUUAUGUAGUAUAAUCUAAGCCCCAAGAAUAUCAAUCUCCAUGUGGCCUGAAGACGAGAACAGCAGUGCUGCUACACGUUGAACAAAAAACAGAAAACCCUUGCGACGCCGAUCCAUGCGAUGGCACGAAGUGCAUUCCUGACGAUACAACGGCCCUGGGUUACUAUUGCCAGUGCGAAGAUUGCGCGCACGGAGACUCGACGGGCUUCUUUGGCUUUCGCUUCAACAGCCGCUUGCUGCAGGAGAUGGCCAAACGGAGAGUGGCUAAGCGCAGGAGGCGAAUGCAAGUCACUACAAACCAAGAUGGUAUUCUAUUUGCACAAUGCUUGUCGCGAUCAUGCAACAUUUACUAGUUCUGAUGUGCCGCCGAAGUUCACCUUACCAUUUGCAUUUCCAAAGCUCACGAUGACUGACGAAGCAAAAGCUGGUACGUAAGGCUUUUUUGUUCCUAGUUUUUGUUUUGAGCCCCUCAUCUUCGAUGAAACCCUAAAAAACCAUAAGAAAUUCAUUGACAGCGAUGCUCUACAACUGGGACGCGGGGCGCACGGUUCCCGGCACGCGCCCGCUGGCCUCUGAGGCCAUGGGCUACAUAUUCACUGCAACAUGUCUGGGUCCUCGGGAGUGUUGUAAUGCUCGUUGGUGAAUGAUCAUGCGCGCGCUGCAAUAGUGCGCAGCCAAGCGUAACUUGUUUUUGAGCUGAUAUUUCUUGCGUAUUCAUCAUCCUCAUCCAUGUGAUAGACUGUGGUUUUCCAUGACAGGCAGAAGCAGGACGAGCACGUCUUUGUUUCCGAGCAGGACGACCACGUCUUUGCUUCUGCCAUGGGUCGCGGAGGUCUUCCGACUCGUUCUCAGACAGGCAUGACAACAAAUCCAGACCCAAACAGAUGUGCAACGCAUACUGUGGCGGCGUAGACAAAAUUGCGCCCCACUGCGCGGUGUACCAGAACGCCCCCAACAUGGGGGCGGAGGUGACGCUUUCCAUCAAGUGUCCCAAGAACGAUAUCGGCGACGGUGUCGACUGUGCGGACCUGAUGAGCAAAGUGACAAGACUGCAAACGUCGAGCAGCAUGCAGAAGGAGUUGACCAAGCGCGCGCGCAACAACUGCGUGGCCACCGAUGUGCACUUCGUGAGCUCCCCGAUAUGACAGCGCACGAGCCUUCCGCCCCCUCAUUUGCAGGGCAUGCUGAGCAGGAAUACAAGGAACAGCAGAAGUCAAUGUGGCAUCCGUAUAGUAGUACUCUUUGAGCUGUUUCAAAAUUUGCCAUGUGCAUUCUGUCCAAAAUUUGCCAUGAUGCGUAUUCUGCUCAGAGAGGCCAUGACGCCGAUUCUGCCUUCCAAAUAAGUGGGGCAGGGACUUGCUCACUCCCAUACCCGACGGAGGAGAUUCAGAUCGCGGAUUGCCCUUCCACGGCGGAGUUCGACUUCCGCUGGAACAAGGUAUGGGCUGAGUUAUUCCACAAUGAAACAAGGGCACCCAAAUCAGAAACGAAAAAAUGUCCUGCGGCUUUUUGCCUCACACACAAGGUCUUUCUGGCUCUCCAGGGUGACAAAGUUUUUGCAGCUUUAUUUCUCGAAAUGUGCCAAAUGGUCGCACUACGACCUGCAGUCCAUUUCUAACACGACUGGGACAGAAAACUACCUCUCUCGCCACGGUCCGUCUCCGCGUUCUUGCAGAGGUUUAUUAGCGACGAAACUUUUUUUUCGGGUAUGGGUGUGCUUUUCUGUGGAAUACGAUUGCGAAUUUGAGAAGCUGGGUUUCGCGGAAGACGACCCCUGGAAAGUGUAUAUCGGACAUGAAGGCGUUGAAACGCUGGACAUGGAGUACCUCUUACGACAGCGCACAACUACGACUUCCCCUCCCCCGCAUGUUGAAGAGAUGAGAGAGUAGACGCAACAGAAGAUACAGAAGCUGCACCGGUAAAGAGAAAGAUGCAGCCUUUGCGUCACUAGAUUAGGCAUAGUUGUGCUCUUUAUUAAUUUGGCUUUGGGGCGCCGCUAUCGGAACCGAUUACGCAUAAAGUGCCAAGAAACAAUCACUGAAUUUCCUUCAUUUAAAUGAGUGGCAGAGCAGGGAGUAGUUCUUGGGCACCUGCAUACAUCCCGCUGCUGUGCCACAAUCCGGUGUGCCGCGGCAUGGCCAUGGACUUGUCUGGCCUCUUUACCAGCUGCAGCAACAGUGCGCCGGGCUACCUCGGCCGGCUGGCCCGGAAGGCCAAGGCCUUGAAGAACUCGCUCAAAGUGUGCGGGAACCCGAGCGGGGCCGUCAUGAGCCGCCAGCAGGUCGCGGUCGUGGGCGUCUUGGAUCCGUUGUCCAAGUUAUCUACAAAAAAACGACUGCUCAUCCCCAUACAAUUCGUCAUGCAAAGCAUGCAUCAAGAUCAAAGUCAAACCCAGCGCUUGCGCUUCCCAUACAAAAAAAUGAUAGGGAUGUGUUUUUUUUUUCUGGGGAUACAACUCGGAGCUCCUCCACACGGAGGCCUUCGUCGAGGAGCUAAUCGUGAACGCGACCGGUAUCGCCACCGAUCGUGUUGUCGUUUUGACGCAGCCGGUGUUGCACGUGAAUGAUUUCUGGUCACAAAUUCCGCAAACACCAAACGUCGUUGGCGCACGAAGCGCAGUUGCGAUGGGGUGAGGAGAUUUUGACUUUGCUAAUUCCAUUUUGUGUAAAGUAUUUCGCCGCAUGGAGCUGCGCACGUUUAUUCAUGUUGCACUUGCAUGGAAGAUUCGAAUUGUAAUGAAAUACGAUUGCCUUUGCGACUGCUCAUCUGCGCACGCAGUGCGGAUACGGGCCUCCUGCAUCAUUCUUAAGAUCUGGGUGCUCGAUGAUGAACUUGGAGUAGCUACUAGGACUACAACAUACAUCUCAGGCCUUUCCGUCCCGUCUCCCUAGCCGGUCUGCAAUACGGCGAGACACCCCACGCAAAAGUCUGUUUGGGCCUGUGCAUUGCCACGGCCAGCCCCGGACCGGACCCAGGCAUGACUACGGACCCGGCAGCGCCACUCGAGCUGACCUUUUCCGAACCCAUCAAGAUGGGCGACUGCCUGACCACUGGGUACUGCAAAAUCAGCUUGAAGCCUUACAACUCCGCAUACGGUUACUACAAUCUAGAUGCCACCGUGAUCACUUCCGAGAUUGUCGUCGCAGGCAUGAGCGUGAAGCUCAAGCCCCGCAGCUUUCUCAAGGCAAACGCAAACUACACUGUCGAAAUCGAGGAGGGUGCCUUCGAGGGAGAAAAGACCGGUGAAAUCAUGAAGAAAACGGUACAGAAGCCAGAUUUUCCGUUUGACAAAGACCCGAAAUCAUAACCGUCACUUGAAGAUAUCAAUUUCGUUAUUUUCGCGUACGACCAGAUCGUAGGAGUGGUAGAAGUAGAGCAUAGAUAGUUUGAGUUUAAGAGUGGACGUAGUUGUUCAUCACCGGUAAUAUUGCGUGAUGGUCAUGAACAUGAUUUACACUCGUGUGAUGGCGGACGUCUUAACUUUUCUUAGGAUGGACCACGACCACCACGUCGAGCAGGCAUAAAACUGUGAGCAUCUUUACUGUAGUAAUAUCGAAAUUUCUUCAGGCUUUUUGGUUUUUGACCGGACCGCCGACGAGCAGUGUCGUGAAGGUUUCGGUUAUGCUAUCCUCCCGGAAACAAGUGUGCCCGUGCCAGAAAAGCGAUAAAAAAUAUUUCGUUCUUGCAGCUGGUGCUGGAUUCCUGUCACUAAAGCUUCGGCAGAAAGAACCACGAGGAGAAAAAGGCACUCUUCUGUCAUGAACCGUGCCUGUUGCAAAACUUGCACUUCGACUUCUCGCUGGCGACUUACUAGAGACGGGCACCAAAGAAGUUUGUCACUGUGAACAACCUCUAUUUUUUUCUUGUAUGGGUGUGGUUUUCUGUAGGAUAUAUGCUGGGUUGCGAUGAUCACGCGUCGUGUCACUACUACACCAGCUACCUGCCGGACUUUGUCGGCGAUAUUGAGGGGGCGCUGAUCCAGCCCUUGCAGGGCAGAUUGAAGAGUUUGCGCUCGCAAAAAAAUCCUGAACCAGACAACUUCGACGAGAAUGGCGACCAGCUUCCUACAGACCUGAUUCCGGCGCCGGAGCGACGGCGUGUGCUCCAGGCACAAGCACAGAGACUUCUUUCGUCGACGGAGGAUAGCGCGGCGACGGCUGGCGACCCCGUCGUGGAAGGCAGAAAGCCCGCGAAGUGCGAAACCGUGUCCACGUGGUUUUUGAUGUGCGUGUUGAGUAUGGUACCCCUGUUCCUGAGUUUUGUCACGGCUGCGCUCGCGGGCCGCGCCAUCACGCCCUGGGUGCAAGACGUCCGGAAGGAGGGCUACCAGAAGACUUUUACGUAUGCGCAGCACGUAGACGGUGGUUGGAAGUCCAAGCUGAUCGAAAAUCCCCGAAGUUUUUCGGCCCGGCUCGCGGGGCCAUGGCUCUACCUGCCCCUGUUGAUGCUACUGUCCCUGGGCGGCGCUGCGACCGUUGCAAUCAUCUUCAUCAACUCCACCGACGACGUCAUCAAUUACAUGGCCGCUGUGAUGUACAAUUCCCUCUGCUGUUCAUGAUCGAUGUUUCAGCUUUAUUAUCUUUGAUUCUGCUUUCGCAUGAUGAUUUUUUUGGGUGAUAAAAAUUGAACCGUAUAUAGUAAUUAAGGUCGUGCUCGUGGUCCGAUUGAUGCUCCUGAGAAGAAGUAGUGUACGAGUAUGUUCUUGUACAUGAAGAACAUGAAGAACACGCUUUCAACAUCAACUCAGGUCCAUGUCUGUAGCGGGGAUCAUUUGGAACCUGUUCAGCAUUUGUGUAUCCACCUGGGUCGCACCCGGGUACCUCCCUUUCCAGACAGAUAGCCCGAAGCAGCCACUCCAAGCGGGGGCGGGACUCUGGAACCUGGGCAGUAAGCACCACCGGAGCCCCUUGUCGCUGUAUCCGAUACCGUAUGGGUACUCGGAAAAACCGGAUUACGAUGUCGAGGGACACGAGAACCAGGCAGAUGUCGAUGAUAUGGUAAACUCAGUGAACAUCAACGUGCCGAGACAUCUCGCCCAAUCCACGGGAGCAAUGAGCCGACUUACGAAGCCGAUUCCGGAAGUAGAGCAGAUAGCAAAGAUAUGCUACGCGAUCGCGGUCUUUAUCGGGAUGAUCUCAAGCGUUUUACAUUCGUCCGUGUUACAUGAUUUUGCGUCCUCGCUACUAGAAUGCCAAAAGUAGUCAAGCACACAGGGGAGGUGGUGCGUCUUACAUAACAUACAGAUUAUUUCAAAAGGAUUUCAGCGCUAUUGUAAAGUGCGUGGAAAAUAAUCUCUUGCCCCACGAAGUAAGUAGCUUGAUCUUGUAGACGGGCGUCGCGAUUUCAUCGUAUGGCAAGUCAUAGUUAAGCAUCGAUCAGUGUAUUAACGCUUGAGAGCGCCAUAGUCUUCAAUAGCUUUGUCGGGAUGAUGACGCUCACUGGUCUGGCCAUGCAACUCUGUCCGCAGCCCGUCUCUAUGCAUUUGGUACAAUAUCAGAGACCUUCUCCUUCAAAUUGUGUAUUUUUCGUGAUUUGCCAGGUAAUUAUUGCCAUGGAUACUUUGAGGUUAACGAUUACUAUCAACCAGGUUCAGUUCUGCAGUCUCUUCGGUUUCAGUUUCGCCGUUGGGUUCGUAAUUUUAAGCGUGUCUCUGAUGAAGCAGCACACGUUCCAGCCGGUUGUCGCAGUGAGCUACAAGCAAGAUAACCGCGAAUGGCUGUCCCAAAGCUACCUAGCCCACGAUGUGCAGUUCCAGGAGCAGAGUAACAAGGUUGUGUCAUUCAAUCAUCUUCUCCCGCAUAUGAGACUGCACAACUCCACUCCCCCGCCUCAUUUUUGCAUAAUGCUAAAAAAUCCAAGACCAAGAUGAAGUCAUGACAUGCCUCGAAGCACUUCUUGCGUGACACAUAGUGGCAGCACACCCUCCUCGAACAGUACUACAAUCGUAUUCGUGUUCGGAGAUUGCAUAAUUUGUGGCCUUGCUUCUGUUGCCACUCAUGCCCUAAAAAAAAGCGGGAGGGGGGGUUGUGCAAUCUGAUACCGAAGGCCGCGAGCUCAGAAGGGGUGCUACCAGGAUACGAGCUCGUACAGAUCAUCGAAAGGCAGGCAAAUGGAAUAGUGGUACCUACUCCGAUUAUUUUUUAUUUUGGAAAGAAAAAUACUGUUGAGAUGCGGGCUUAAGUAGUCUGCUGUAAUGCGUCAUUGUGACACCUCAAAAACAAAACAGCACGUUGAAAGAAAACAGAAUAUGUGAAUUUGUAUUUUAUGCGUUCCUGCUGCCUGCUGACAACCGCUUGAUGUAUUUUACAUGAGCGGCACAGCGACCCUGCUUCUUACAAAAAAACACCACUCUCAGAAAAACAAGCGGGAUCUUCGCGACAACGACGAUGCGAGGAACGAGUUGAAUUACUUUGAGCGGUAUGGUAACGAGGUCACCCUGUUGUUCAAAGCAAGCUAUUACCCCCUGCAGAAGGAUGUGACAAGAUUCGAACGAAGCAACCCAUACCUGCCCCCGUUGGUGCGCGCACCCAUGAAAAAGAACCUGCCGCCCUCAUCACCCGGGCGGUCGGCGCGAGGGGGUCCCGGGACGACGAUGAUGGCGGGACCAGGCUCACCGUCCGCCACAGCUGCCCGCGCUUUGUAAGGGAAUUGUGACACCAACAUGCGUUGUGUACUAAUGAAAAGAGCCGCUUCAAUUUUUUUCACUGACUGCACCUCAUAGAUGCAGAACACGUCGCGCCGGCUCGCGUGGUCCGAUGUCUUUUAGUGAUACUCCUUUACGAGGAAUGAAAGGGUUCUCAUGGUUCAUAUAUACUAGUAAAUUGUAUCUUUAUGCAAGCCUGAAGUUUACCCCUAUACGUGGAUCGAUGUACCGACUUUCGUGGUGAAUGGAAUUAUAGUGAUGUGUGAAUCAAGCUUGAAAGAGGCUCCUCUUGGGACCGGCGUCUGCAUUAGGGGGAGCGUUUGAUGUAGUUCACUUCUAACUCACUUCCAACCUAUUGUAGCCGCAAAGUGACAAGAUGAUAGCUCAUCAACGGUCUUCAGCCACUCUGCGCUUCCUGGUGAUAGCUCUGGCCUACCUGAAGAAGUGGUGACGGCAGAAUGUAGAAUUGAUGAAAUUUUGAUCUUCCACGCCUGUGCCACGAGUGGGAUUGGCGCGCGCUGCCCGAGGUGGUGUCAUAAACUUGCAUCAUCCAAAACUACAUCGCGUCCCCAAGCGUGUCGUGUCGCUAGUAGUUAAAUACUAAAUAGUUUUCAUAGAAAGGGGCUAUGACUUUUUAUAGUUCGCUGUAUUACCGCUUCGAACAUCAACAUGUUGUAACACUUACUUACGUAGGGUGCGUCGUAUGCCUCCGGUCGUGCCUGCUGAGCUGAGGGCAGAACUCGCUCCAUCAAGAAAAUGCGUGAAAAUGGUAUAUGGGUCAAAGUCAAUCGUUAUGUAAAACAGAGGAUGUGAAGGGCGUUGCAGUUGUGGAGAAAAGAAACUAGUAUCCGAAAAUUUGUAGCGGAGCUCUCGUCUGCUCCGUCGAAUGAUAUUAGCAACACCUGAGGACAACGACAACUACACCAGCUAUUCGUAAAUUCUAAACAGUGUUUUUGUUCAU